AUGUGCGGUAUUCACGCCGUCAUCUCCCCCUCUUCUUGUUCACUCCCCGAAAUCUCCCCGGAGUUGCACCAGAAUCUUGUCAACCGCGGACCGGACUAUUUCGGGCAGGUUACGCGGGAAUCGUCGGAUGGGAGAUGGAAGUUGCGGUUUACGUCUACUGUUUUGGCUUUGAGGGGCGACCGUGUCACGAAGCAGCCACUGCAUGAUGACAGUGGGAGCGGGGGUGGGAAUGUGUUGUGCUGGAAUGGGGAGGGGUGGAGGUUUAUGGGGGAAGUAAUUGGGGAACAUGAGAAUGAUGGAGAGGUUAUUUACCGAGGGUUGAAAGAGGCGAGGUCGGUGGAGGAGGUGAUGGGGGUUUGGAGGGGGGUUGAGGGGCCUUUUGCGUUUGUUUUCUAUUGUGAGGCGCUGCAAAGGGUGUUUUGGGGACGGGAUCGGUUGGGGAGACGGUCGUUGAUGGUGAGGAGGUUGGAGGGGGGAGGGGUGGUGUUGGGGAGUAUUGGGGAUGGGGAGGGGAAGUGGGAGGAGGUGGAGGCUGACGGGGUUUAUUCUCUUGAGUUGGGAGAUGUGGUAGCGAGGAGGCAUGAUUGGGUUGAGGAGGGGGAGAGCUUCGUUUCUAGCAUCGGGGUAUUUAACAAGGCGCUGCCAUCUCCUGAGGGAGAGACGCCGCUGACGAGCGCGUCACCUUCUGUUCGGGCGCUCAAGGACCAGCUGGUUGAAUCGCUCAAGUUGAGGGUGCUAAAUAUUCCCAACCCGCCAUCCAGUGGAACAGGCAAGACCCGCGUUGCGGUACUGUUUUCCGGUGGCCUGGAUUGUACCGUCCUGGCGAGACUAUGCCACGAUAUCCUGGAGCCUCACCAAGAAAUUGAUCUCCUCAAUGUUGGCUUUGAGAAUCCGAGAGUGGGGGCCCGGCUGAAAAAGGAGGCCAACGGCAAAGAGGUGGACUUGUACGAGGCUUGCCCGGACAGGAUCACGGGAAGGAAGUCCUUCGCCGAGUUGAAGAAUGUCUGUCCCGGGCGAGUCUUUCGGUUUGUCGCUGUAAAUGUCCCCUACUCAAAAUUGCAGGCCCACCGGCAGCAAAUCAUUUCCCUCAUCCAUCCUCACAAUACUGUGAUGGACCUUUCCAUCGCAUGCGCGCUUUACUUUGCCGCCCGAGGCCAAGGGUCAGUCAGAUCAGAGAGUCCAGAUCCGGACUCUGAGCCCUCACCUGUUUCGUACACAUCGCCCGCGCGCGUCCUGCUUUCUGGCCUCGGCGCUGAUGAGCUAUUUGGUGGUUACUCGCGCCAUGCUGCUGCUUUCCAGCAGGACGGAUACACAGGGCUUGUGAAAGAACUCCUGCGGGACGUAAGCCGCCUGGCCGAGAGAAAUCUAGGGAGGGAUGAUAGAGUCAUGGCCCAUUGGGGCAAGGAGGUAAGAUUUCCGUUUCUGGACGAACGUCUGGUCAAGUGGGCCAUCGCAACGCCUGCGUGGGAGAAGUGUGAUUUUGAAAGGGAGGAAGAGAAGAGCGGUGUUGAAGCUGCAAAGAGAGUCCUGCGUCUUCUGGCGAUGGAGUUGGGCAUGGAGGGUGUUGCGAAGGAGAAGAAGCGAGCUAUUCAGUUCGGCUCCAGGACAGCCAAGAUGGAGAGCGGCCGUGACAAAGGGACAACACUCUUGUCGUAGGUUUACUGAUGACCAGUGCCAUGCAAUCGGUGGUAGACAUGGACUGUCGGUGAUGAUACAUUACAGAUACUUCUGAGUCCGGUCUCGACAGGCGCAAAUCUUUUGGGGUUGAGUCUUGUGGUUUCCUCGGAAGCCCUUGCUCUCCUGAUUGCGAGUCUGCAUCGCUGCAUCGUGCACAGUGAAGUCAAAAGGCAAAUCUGAGCCAGUCCAUGUCUAGUGUUCUUGCUAGGUAACGCCGAAGUUGCGGUUGUUAGAGAAGCGUUUGCAUUAACUUGGCAAUCAGCUAGCGCGAAAUGGGAUGGAGUUUUCACUUCUUUUUGUUCAAUAAACUGGGAAACAGGAGCCGAUGGAGAAUGAGAUGAUGACAAAAUGAAGAUGGUUGUCCCGAAUGUCCAAGCACGCCGCAUGUGUUGGCCGUGCCAUUGCCGGG